AUGAAAGUUCCUUUAAAAAAACAAAGGGCAAAAGGCUAUUAUAGCUGCUUAGAUUUUGACAAUUUGUAUAAAAAAAAAAAAAAAAAUAAAAUAAAAUAUUCUAUAUAUCGAGAAAAAAAUUAUAGUGACAGUGAAUUAUUUGAUAAAAAAAAAUUACAAAUAAAAAAAAAAAAUGGAUAUAUAUUAUAUGUUCAGAAACACUGUAUGGUAAAUAAUAAUGGGCAUGAUAAUAAAUUAUAUGUGUUAAAUAAUGUAACAAUAUAUAAAAAUCAUUUUGAUAAAUAUGAAGAAACGAAUGAUGAGAAAUUAACAUAUUUAAAAAAAAUUUUUAAAAUAUAUGAAAAUGCAACAACAAAUGAAAAAAGAAAACUCUAUGAGUUAAUAAAAUUUUUUUCAUUUACACCAGGUGGAUUUCAGAAUAAUAAAUUAAGACAAAAAUUGUGGUUACUAUUAUUAGGAUUUAAUAUUAACUUAUCGAAGGAAAAAAAUUAUAAUGAACAUCCUAUAUCAAUAUUAUGUAAGAAAUAUAAAAAAAAAUUCAAAUAUAUCAAUUAUGUUAAACAUUUCAAGUUAAAAUGGAAGAAAAAAAAAUCGAAAAAUUCUUUUUUAUCAACUUGUAUAAGUAGGGAACAUAAUAAUACAGGAAAAAGGAAUAGAGUAUCGAAAAAACAAAAGCAGAAUAAAAUAUACCAUUAUGAUAACUGUUCAUGCCAGGAAAAGAAGGAAUUUCUUUCUUCCUAUGGGCUGAAUUGCGGAAAGAUUAACACUUGUGUCGGUUAUAAGGAGGGGGAUGCAGCAAGUUUGUUGGGCAAGUGUAAUGAAAGGAAACUACAGGAAAAUGAGAUCCCUAACAGUAGUAACAUAACUAACAUCAGGUAUGCUACCAAUCGAACUGAUCAUUGUGAAUAUUUCCUAAGGACUAGUGAUAAACAGAGUUGUAGCAUAUAUGCAGUUGGGGGAAAGGAGUUAAGAGCACCCCGGUGUGAGAAGCGCGCUUUACAUACGCAAAAUGUUAAGUCGAGGAACGCGAACAUAGAUGAAUUAAAAAAAAAAAAAAAAAAAAAAAAAAAAAAAUUGAGCAAAAAAAGGGGAAGAAAAAAAAAAAAAAAAAAAAAUGACAAUUAUAACGAUGGAAGCAACAAUGAAGGUAGUAGCAGUGGAAGCAAUAGCAGAAAUGCUAAGAAUCCAAUUUUCUUAAAAAAAAGGGGGAUGGAGUACUACGAUUCGGCUUUCUCCUACAGCUCGUCAACAAAAUCGUUUUCAUCUGUAUCGUGUACGAGACCCCUACCCUCCAUUCCCUUAGGUUCAUUAGAUCACUCUUCAUUGGAAAAUUCGUUGUAUUUAUCCGAUGGUGUUAGUUCGUCGUCUUCUACUCAUGGUUCAUCAUCUUUAUCAUCGCUCGCUUCUAACUACUCCAAUGAUAUUAACACAGCAGUAGAUAAGUCAAGUAAGAUGCAGAGAAAAAAGUGUCCCCUUCAAUUUUUCUCGUCAGGAAAAUUUUUUAAAUGUGCUCGUGAUAUUUAUUGUAUUAAAAAAGAGAAGGUAGAAAAUAAGACCAAGAGUAAAAAUUCGCAUGUACUUAAUUUUUUCUUUUCAGAUAAAAAAUAUAAAAUGAAAAGAAAAAUGAACAGAGUACCUAACUCCGAAAUAAUUAGAAAAGCGAAGAAGUCUAUUAAAAAAGAGUCAAACAAAAUUGUAAAUUUCUUGUUAAAAAUAGAUAAAGAAAAAGAAACGUUUGAUAAAAAUAAAAACAAAAAAUUCAUAAUAAAAUUGUUGAAAAUAAUUUAUAAUAAUAUGCUAGAAGUAGAUUUAUAUAUAGUAGAUUAUAUCAUAAGAAAAGAUAACUUAAGCAGUAAAAAUGAUAUUUUAUCUUAUUUAAAAGAUAAUAUUAAACAUAAUUAUAAUUUUAAUUCAAACUUGAAUAAGUGGAUAAUUGAUAGUGUAUUAUUAGAAGAAAAUGAACGUGUGCAGGUUAAAAAAGAUGUGAAAAGAAGUGUAAACACAUGGAAUAUUCAUAAAUAUAAUAUAUAUGAAAUAAAAAAAAAAUACCAGUAUAUUUUAAAAAAUGUUAUAUGUAGUAUUUUGUAUAAACAUUCUAAUAAAAUUUUUUAUGCACAAGGUGUUCAUGAUGUGUGCCUUGUUUUUGUAACAGUAUAUUUUCAUAACUUUUUUUUAAGAUAUAAAAAAUAUGUCUUCCUAGAAUAUUUCAUAUCAAAAUUUGUAGUAAAUAAAAUAUGCAAUUUGAUUUUUACAAAAAGGUAUAGAAGUGGCAUAGCAACUGGUAGCAAUUGUGCAGUAUUUACUCCUUCGAAAGAUGUUAAAUAUAUACGAAAUACCAACUACUAUACUGAAAAUUAUUAUGACCAUGUUCAUAUAAGUCAUGGGAUUGAUGAAAUGAAGGAAUAUACAGAACAUAUGGAUAGACGCGUAUCACAUGGAGGUGAUCCGUCCGAUGACCAGUCUGUUGGAAGAGUUUACGCUGCAGGGAAUGAGAAAAAAUGUAGCAACGAUGUUAUUUGCAGUAGUGGUAGUAGUAAUAGCAGUAGUGGUAGUAGCAAUAACAGUAGUGGUAGUAGCAAUAACAGUAGUGGUAGUAGCAAUAACAGUAGUGGUAGUAGCAAUAACAGUAGUGGUAGUAGCAAUAGCAGUAGUAAUGGAGGUGGUAUCGACUUGAGGAGGAGGGAAGGGAAGAGUAAAAGGGGAGAUGAUCAUGACAUAUUUAUUAACAACGUUAAAAAUAUGUUUCUGAUGGAAGAGAAAUAUAUAGAAAAGAUAUGCCUACUAAAUAAUAUUGACCUUGAAAAAUAUAUAAAAUAUAAAAAAAAAAAAAAAAAAAAGGAGUACAUAGUUUAUUUAUUGUGUGAAAGAUUUCUCUUAUUUUACAUGAUAGAUUACUUAACACUAUCACUCGAUGUAUCAAUUAAAAAUACUUUUAAGUGCAUAGGGUUGUUGUUAAAAUAUUUAGACAAGGAAGUAUACGACGUUUUCUGCUUGUUGCAGAUGGAGCAGGAGCAUGAAAAUUUGAAGCACACUAGUAGCAGUGCAAAUGCUGGGGCGAAUUGUAGCACUAGUGGUAGAAAUAAUAAUAGGGGUAAUAAUUCUACUGGUAAUGAUGGCAAUAACCGAAUCAGCAAUUGUAACAACUGCAUUAGUCGUAACGAACGCAUGAACAGUACAGGUAAAAGUAGCAAAGUCGGAAAUUAUGAAAUAGCUAGAGACUCCCUGAAAUUAAGUGGAACUGAAUUUUUUUUUUGCUUGAGCUGGGUUGUUACAUAUUAUUCGCAUGUUCUGACAGAGUUUGAUAGACUAGCAAGAAUAUUUGAUACAUUAUUGUCUAACGAUGGUAUAUUUAUUAUUUACUUUACUGGUUCCAUAAUACUAUAUAAAAGGGAAGAAUUACUUGAGUUAGCAAAUAAAAAAAAAAAGGAUCUCUUAUAUAAUAAUAUGUAUACAGAAACACAUUAUAUUUUUCAAAAUAUGAAUUGGAAAGAUAUAAAUGUCGAGAAUAUUAUUAAGAAGACGUAUUACUACAUGAACUAUAAAAUACCGUUUGAAACAUUUUUAAAAAAAAUAAAAAAAAAAAUUUCUUUUCCUCCAUUUUCUCCUAUCUACAGUUACCCUUUCAUUUUGCAUUAUUUUAAUUAUGAAACAAAACAAGAUGAUUUAAAAAAUAAGAUAGUUGAAAAGUCUUUUAUGAACUUUUACACGUAUAAGAGUAUAACGACCAGUAUGAACAAUAACAGUUGUGAGGAAUCAGGUUUGCAUAUGUCAAGUGUGCACCACGAGGAGCAGCAGAUUAUAUCCCUUGACGGAGAUAAGAAAGAUAGCAAUAAGAGGAGUAAUGAAAGUGAUAGCAAAGGUGAAAGUAAAAGUGGUAGCAAAAAUGGCAGUAACGACAAUAUCAAGAGCAGCCAUAACAGUAACAGUAACACCCGUAACAACAGCAGUGGUGCACAUUGCAAGAAUGGAAAUGAAAGAAACACAAUGACAAAAAAGUAUCUGAACAAUGAUGUAAUAAUUUUGAGUUCGUCCAAUUCUGAUAGAGUAAGUGGAAAGGUUAUGAGUGAUAGAGGAGUGAAGAAAUAUUAUACCAACUCAAGGAGAAAGAAACAUAGAUAUAAAAGGGGCACUCGCCGAUGCGAAAAUUGUAGGCAUACAUAUUGCAACGUAAAGAACUCCCUUAACAAGAUGGAUAUAUAUGACGAAUACAUUGAAGGUUUGUUAAAUAGAAGUAAUGUAAAUGACUGUAUCAAGCAUAAGAACAAGAAUAAUUCAACUUUUAAAAAUAAAGAAAACAACAAAGACAACAAUAUAUAUUUGUAUUAUCCAUACUCUAUUUUAUGUAAUAAUUUAGACGUAGAUAAGGAUAUAAUAAAAAAACAUUUACUUGUGGAAAAUUUUUUUCAAUAUGUCUUUUACGACUUUAUUGUAAAUUAUAAAUCCAUAUGCAGAAAGCACAGAAAUUUAACAACAAAGUAUUACAUUAUUCAAUAUAUGAAUGUGAAGAAUAAAAAAGAAUAUAUUAUGGAAAAAAGGAAAAAACAAAAAAAGCAAAAAAAAAAGGAAAAUAUAUUUCAUAAAAUGUUAAAACAUAUUUUGCUUUUUCAUGUACAAAAGUGUGAGCUGAAAAAAAAUAAAAAAUUUAUUUGCAUGAAUUUUAUAACAAAAAAUAAAAAAAAUUCAUCUAAUUUUAAUAAUUUUGUAAAUAAUAAAAAUAAUAAAAAAACAAUAGCCAUUAUUCCACCUAUAUAUAAAUACACAAUACAAAAUAGUGAAGUAAAGAAAAAUUUCAAGGUACAAAAAAUAAAAAAUACAAACAGCUUUAUUACAGAUAUACAAUCUACGAAAGAGAACAAUAAAAGCGUAAAAAAUAUAGAGCGCAUUUUUUAUAUUCUCAAAAUGUCUGUCUAUAAUUCUCCCUAUGUUAAUAUUUUUUUGGUCUUUUUUUUGUUAUCCGUGUUUUCAUCUCUUUUAUACUUUCACCGAUGA